UCUCUGGGUGUGCUUCUUUAGGGUUUUGCCGAGCGCGUGGGAGGAUCUUCUAGGUAUGGGAGGGGGCGCCUGGUAGAUUUGUAGAGAUUCCGAGAGAGGAUCCAGCGGCCGAUCGAUCGUAUAGAUUUCGAUGGCGUUUCAAGCAAGAAGCUCGCCGGUCAAGCACAAGAUCAAGAGGAAUGCUGAGAAUGUGCCCCCAAACACGACGCCCGGGCGGGGAGGGAGUAAUCUCUGCGGUGAUUCUCCCCUGCAUUGCAAAUCCGGCGUCAAGGCAGCAGUCAAGGGGAAUUUCAGCGCCGGGACGACGCCAUUGCAUUCCAGCCCCGGGCUUCCGCCGCGGCCCCCUUCGUCCGCGAGCAAAAUUCCAAAGCGGAAGCUACUGUGGGAGCAGCAGAAUUCCGAGCAACCGGCGGACAGCGAGAAAUCCAGCGACACUGGAGUCUCGGUUCUCGUUAGAGUGAGGCCAUUCAACAAGAAGGAGCUGCUGGAGCAAUCUAGCGCUAUUAUCAGCAAGGCAUCCACGAACUCUCUCUCGAUUUGCGACCAGCAUUACACUUUCGAUGCUGUUGCUGAUGAGGAUUCUACUCAGGAGGAGAUGUUUAAGCUGGUUGGAUUGCCAAUGGUGGAAAAUUGUUUGGCUGGAUUUAACAGUUCGAUUUUUGCUUAUGGACAGACAGGGAGUGGAAAAACAUACACGAUGUGGGGUGUUGUCCAUGAUCCCACAAGUGGAAAGCCUCCUAGCGCCGAGAGGGGAGUGACGCCACGGGUGUUUGAGACAUUGUUUUCGCGAAUAAAAGAGGAGGAGACAAAAAAUGCAGAGAAGCAGCUGUUUUUUCAGUGCCGCUGCUCCUUUCUCGAGAUUUACAACGAACAAAUUGCUGACCUCUUGGAGCCUAGGCACAAAAACCUUCAGGUUCGGGAAGAUGUAAAAACUGGCGUCUAUGUUGACAACCUUACCGAGGAAUACGUGUCGAACAUGGAUGAUGUCUCCCGGCUUCUUCUUAAAGGGCUAGGAAACCGUAGAAUAGGUGCAACUUCUCUGAACACGGAAAGCUCUCGGUCACACACCGUAUUCACUUGUGUGCUAGAAUGCCGGUACAAGACGUUGGCGGACGGUAUGAGCAGCGUUCGAAGAAGCCGCAUUAAUUUGGUGGAUCUUGCUGGAUCGGAGAGACAAAAACAAAGUGGUGCUGCAGGUGAACGUUUGAAAGAAGCUGGCAACAUAAACAGAUCUCUCUCACAGCUUGGAAACGUGAUCAACAUACUGGCAGAAAUUGCUCAAUCAGGAAAGCAACGCCAUGUACCAUAUCGGGACUCCCGGCUUACAUUUCUCUUGCAAGAGUCCCUUGGUGGCAAUGCCAAACUGGCAAUGAUAUGUGCAGUAUCCCCAGCCGACAGCUGCAAAAGCGAGUCAACUAGUACCUUGAGAUUUGCUCAACGAGCGAAGGCUAUACAGAACAAGGCGGUUGUCAACGAGGAAACUACCUCCGACUCUAACUUGCUGAGGGAGCAAAUACGUCAACUUAAGGAUGAGUUAAAGCGCAUGAAAUCCAAGGAAAAGCAACAAGGAGUUGACGGUCCUUAUUCCAGCGCAUGCAACGCCCGUAGGAGCUACAACCUCUUGAGACUAAGUCUAGCGCUUCCAAUGACGGUGCCAGCAACGGUGGAUUCGGAUUCGGAUGAAGAAAUGGAGAUUGACGAGAAUGCUGUCGAGGGCAGAGAAAAUUCUGUCGAGAGCAUCAAAGAAAACACUGUCAACGACAGCAGAGAAAACGAUCACAACGCGACUCCCGAAAAGCAUGACGAGCAGAUGCCAGAGUACUUUGCAUUGGCGCAACAGAGAGAUCCGGACAAGGCGGAUGACAAUCAAGCACGACGUCGUGAAGUCGAGGAGCUGCAGGAUGCAUUGGAAGUAGCAAUGACAGGUCAUGCCCGGCUGCUGGAGCAGUAUGCAGAGCUCCAAGAGAAGCAUGUAGCGCUCGUAGCAAAGCAACGGAGGAUCCGCGAGGGAGUAACGGACGUGAGGCAGAUGGCCAUGCGAGCAGGGGCAAGCUCGUCACAGCUGAAGUGGCUCGAGUCGCAGGCAGCUCAGAUCGUCGCGUUGAAUCUCGAGCGUGAGCAGGAGCGAGAGGCCGCGAACGAGGAGAUUGAGUUCCUCCAGUCGCAGCUGCGUGACACCGCCGAGGCCGUACAAGCUGCUGGGGAACUGCUUGUCCGUUUGAAAGAAGCGGAGGAGGCUGCCGCCAUCGCGAACGACGCUGCGGCACUGGCGGAGCAAGACGCAGAUAGAAUGUACAGGGAGAUGGAGAAACUCAAGCGGCGACACGCCACGGAGAUGGCAACUUUGCAGCAGAGGCUUUUGGAGUCCCGGCUACAGAGAGCUGCGCCCUGUCCGAUGUGCGUCAUGGCAGAGAGAGUGAAGUUCCAGUUCACGGACGUGGAUCCGGACACGGCAGCCGCAGCCAUGGAGGCCGAGCAAGACGCUGCCGCCCUCGAGCAAGAGCUUGCACAAUACAAGAACCACACUCCAAUGGAGGCCAUCGAUGAGGACGAGGACGAGGACGAGGACGAGGACGAGGAGCUCGCCGCCGAGAGCGGUGGCUGUGACCAACAAGGACAGGGAGAGGAGCUUUACGCUGAGGAUUCGUGGAGAGAAGAAGAUCAUCGUGACGAUGCUGCGCUCGAGCAAGAAGAAGAGCGAUACGAAGAGAGCAGUACUCCAGGUGAGCACAAGGAAGGUGAGAAGAUCGCUGCUCGGAACGAUCCGUGUGAGCAGGGAGAGGAGGAGGAUUCGUCGAGAGAUUAUUAUGAGCAUCAUCGGCAAGAUGAUGGUUUCGAGGACGAGAUCCACGACGAUUUGUACGAUGGGAGCGAGGAUAGAUGCAACUUCUGAUCUUGUUCUUGGGUAUAAAUUCUUGUUGGCUCGAAAUAAAACAAUCUAAACCAUUGGUUAAGUUUUUCGUA